AUGUUUUUAGGGAUUUCCGCCGACGCUUACGCCGAAGCAGCUGACGAAUACGACGAUGCUGCACUCGGGCACUGGGUGCUUGAAACAAGCGGAAAGACGGCAGCAGAGAUUGCCGAGUUUAACGAUGCCGCCCUCAGCCAACUGCCUGACACAGAGGGACACAAACAACGGUUGAAGGACCGACUCGCACGCUUUGCCCCAGGACGAACCGAUAUUACGACGGUAUUGCAGUCGAUGGAGCUCGACGAUUGGGGAAGUUUCUGGCAAGUUGACCUGACUGCCGGACCGCCACGCAGUCCGCUCUCUAAAGACAUCGCUGGCAUUUGUGGUGUCGCACGGAUGACAGACAAAGGGCGCGCUGAACGUGCAGGCAAAAUCGGUGAGUACCUAUACGGCGACAAUUCCGGGCAAGAUGUACGCAUUUUAACAUCCCUCGGUAUUUCAGCUGCAGAUUUUCAGGAAGCCGCGGUCAACAACCCGAAUAAUCUCGAACUCGGUGCAUGGGUCCUGGAAAACUGCGGUAAAUCGCAGGACGAGAUUGAUGAAUUCAACGAAACGUUGGUAAACUAUGGACCCAAUGAAGCAACACGGGAACGGUUUGAAGCGCGAUGUCAAGAAGUAGAUCCGACCCGCACAGACAUCACCACGUGGGUAGCACUUCAGGACGCAGACGAUCAGUUGAGUUUCGGUAUUGUCGACCUCAACCGCCGUGCGCCACGGAGUCCCUACAAUACCGAUGUCUACGGAAUGGUUCAACUCGCACGGUUGAUUGACAAGGGUAGAGCAUUCAACAGCAACACACUCGGUGCCUAUUUUUAUGGUGAGGAUUCGGGAAUCGACCGAGCAACACUCGCUUUUUUAGGAAUCUCCGCUGCAGAAUUUACUGAGGCACUGAAAGCCUUACCAACCGAUACAGAGGUUGAGGCGUGGCUGAAGGCAGAUCAUUCGCAGAGCGAAGCGGACAUCGAUACCUAUAACGAACGUAUGACACAAAUGGGUCCUACGACCGACAGGCACAAGGCAAUGAUGGCAAAGAUGCUCAGCCGGAUUGCGCCAGAGCGUACGGACAUCAAUACGUGGUUCGCGCUGAUGUAUCUUGAUGAUGAGAAAACCUUUGCGUCGUAA